AGACGCAAAGUAUUUCAGCCUCUUUUUUUUUACGACGGAGAAACAUUUCAACAUUUUGUCUCCGCAACAACAACAAAAAAACACUCAAAUUGUGCAGAAUGAGGAGAAAAGUGAAAUGAUUUUAAUUGGCGAGAAAAAGAGGACAUUUGACACAAUUAGGGCGGAAAUUGGAGGCGGCUUUGUUUUAUAGCGGCGGUAAAUUGGGGCUCGGGUUCCCGGGAAUCUGCGCGCUAUGGACGGCGGAGGUCGGGAGUCGAACCGGAACACCAACUUCUACAUCGACGACAUUUUGAGGGCGGAUUUCGGGCUGAAGAGGAAAGGCGCGGCGGGCGAGGCCAGCGUCACCGGAAGGAGGGACGAGCCCAAAGCCGCCAGUUCCGGAUUCGCCGACGGCCUCCGGCGGCCCGACGACGCCCGGAAAAGUGAGCUGCGAGGCGGCCAGGCGGCGGAGAAGGACCGGGGGGAGGAGCGGGACGAGGGCGCACCUGACGCCGCCAAACAGAUGCUGUGGCCGGCCUGGGUUUACUGUACGCGCUACUCGGACCGACCGUCCUCAGGUCCCAGGUCCCGCAAGGCCAAAGCGGCCCGGAGUCCGACCAAGGACGACAAGCGGCCCAGGACGGCCUUCACGGCGGAGCAGCUCCUGCGCCUGCGCGCGGAGUUCCAGAACAAUCGCUACCUGACCGAGCAGCGCCGCAAGAACCUGGCCAAGGACCUGGGUCUCAACGAGUCCCAGAUCAAGAUCUGGUUCCAGAACAAGCGGGCCAAGAUGAAGAAGAGCAGCGCGGAGCAGAACUCUCUGGCGGCGCGGCUGAUGGCGCAGGGACUUUACAACCACGCCGCCAAGGACGACAGCGACUAACAACGCCACCACUACUCCAACUACGCAAGCAUCUGCCGCGCGUUGCGCGCGCAACUCAUCCUCAGGGCUGUUGUGUCGGCGGUGGUGCGUUCACGCACCGAGGGAGCGUAUAGGAAAGAAGCAAGCUGCUCUGGCGGCGCUAACAACAUUGUUUUGAUUGUGACGUCAUGAAAACUGCUAAAGUCCAAAGAGUUUUUUCUACAUUUUUAUGUCGUUGUUGGUCUCUUUAGCGCUUCUAGUCUGGCCUUGCUAACACUUUGACUUCAGGUCUUCAUCUGCCCACUGAGCCCACGACCGUGCCUUGGUCUACGCCUGGCCCCGCCCCCUUUUCAUCUCAAACACCAAUAAAUGCAUA